AUGCAGCUGGAGGAUUGGCUCGAUGACCUCUGCGUCAGAUUUAUUCUAAACCUACCACAGGAGGAACUCGCUUCUGUCGAAAGAAUUUGCUUCCAAGUUGAAGAAGCACAAUGGUUCUACGAAGACUUCAUACGCCCCCUUGACGCGUCACUGCCGCACCUCGAUCUUCGGAACUUCAGCUUAAGGAUCUUCCAGCACUGUCCGUUGUUCGCACAAUGGUCGGCUCAGCAUUAUCAGACCGCUUUCGCGGAAUUUAUGUCCUACAAGCAGCGCGUUCCCGUGCGUGGCGCGAUCAUGCUGAACGAUGACAUGGAUGAGGUAGUACUAGUCAAAGGAUGGAAGAAGAGCGCCAAUUGGAGUUUCCCGCGUGGAAAAAUCAAUAAAGAUGAGGACGACCUGGAUUGCGCCGUCCGAGAGGUCUACGAAGAGACGGGCCUCGACCUACGAUCGGCCGGCCUAGUCCCUGAGCGUGACCAGGUCAAAUCAAUCGAGAUGACCAUGAGAGAGCAGCAUAUGAAGCUGUUUGUCUUCCGCGGCAUUCCACGAGAUACACAUUUUGAGGCACGUACGAGAAAGGAGAUCAGUAAAAUUGAGUGGUACAAGCUCACUGAUCUGCCCACUUUUAAAAAGCGCAACAAGCACGAAGGCAAUGGUCAAGAACAGCCCGGGAUCAGUGCAAACAAAUUUUACAUGGUCGCUCCUUUCUUGGGCCAUCUAAAGAAAUGGAUCGCUAUACAAAAGAAAAGGGAUAGUCGGUAUAGCUCGAAUCUGGCGGCCCCGCCUCUGGUUGCGGAAGAGUCGGAGAUGGAGGUCGUUCCAGAGCAGUUCCAAGCGGUGCGACCCGAAGUCGCGAGCGACCUUCCAGAGGUAUCCUCUGCGAACGCGGAUCCAACAUCACAACUCAAAGCGAUGUUCAACAUUCCUGGUGUGCCUCCACAACUCGAGCCACAACCUCCACCGCCAACGCAUAUGCCGCAAGUGGAUGCGCUGAAGUCCAAUGCACUGCUAUCACUGCUGAGAAAUGGAUCCGCCGCCGAACUUCGAGCAUCGCCGCAGACACCUCUGGACCAGGUUUCCUUCCACCAGGAUCCGCCGCAGUCUCCUCACAGGUCGCACGUUGCACAGCAUCCAUCUGCCGUCAUAUCACCUCCACCGCAUUUUGGCGUUCAGUCAGAGCUUCCGACCUCGCCUCCAGCCACACAAACGUUGACCGUACCCGCACGCCAGCCUCAUCAGCCGCCUUUGAGUGCUAGUUUCCCGUUCCAGUUGCCCGUCGGCGCGCAUGGAGUGGCUGGUCCGGCUGCUCCAAUGCAACCUGUGAGAGGUGGGCCAGACAUGAUCCAUCAAAGACAUCCCGAGCCAGAGAGGGGCCUGGAAGCUCCCCCUGCGAGCGCUCUGCCACAGCUCACAAACCAUACGAAGUCAUUACUGGAUGUUUUCAAGGGUGUUGCAUCUCCUCCUCCGCCACCACCCAGUGUCGUUCCGAGCCGUGGAAAAGCUCCUACACAGCCUCCCAACUCCAGCCAGACCCUGCUAAAUAUUCUGAGACAACCUGCUCCAGCCCCGCAAACUACACAGGCGCCUCCACCUCCACAAAAUACAGCGACGACAGUAGUCUCGCCGACGGAGAGUAUGAUGCACGAUUCCAACCAUGCUCACCAGAGUAACUUACUUGGCCUGUUCGGUGCUAGCAAAGCUACGGCCAAACCUCCAAGCAACCCGGCAGAGCUCGCGGCAACACCAGCUGAACAUCAGCCUCCGGAUCCAAACAAGAGUCGGCUUCUGGCCUUACUACAGCAGGAUGAAUCUGCAGGGUUUAACAAGCAGCGCAAUUCACCAAAAGAGGGCGAGACCGCGGCCACUAUCCCCGGGCCCUUGGACCAACCCAACUUCGAGGCUAUCUCGCAGAAGCAGGAGAAAAAUUCCAACAGCAUGGGCCGCAGCCCUCUCACAACUCAUAGGAAAUUGUACAAUCCCAAAGAACCAGCUCCGGUCAAAAUUCUUGCCAGACCACAGACUCCAAAGGGUGUCAAGUCUCCUCAGCCAGCAAAGGCAAAGAUGGCGAACCAGUCACCCAAACGGACACCCAAGGCUAGUAGGAAGGAUAAGGAUAAGGAGCAGGAGCCAUCCAAGCCUGCUUUCCAGCCUCAGAUUCUGCGUAGGCCGCAGACAGUCGACAAAUCUGAACCAAGCCCGUCUACGUUGGUUGAGGGUGCAGCCGCCAUGUCGCGAGAACAAUCCAGCGAGCAGGAACACGUGGCGUCCGAGAGGCGAGCGUCGCAUCCAGAUUCUCACAAGCAGGCGCUUCUGUCAUUAUUCGGAGGCAAAAUGCCGCCUCCGCCUGCAAAAUUGUCGCAACAGUCAUCGCGAGUGGUAUCGCCACUCUCCACGAGCCAAGUACUGAGUCCCAAGGAUGAAGUCCCCGUCUCGGCCAUUGAACCGGUGUCGACAAAGUCGAGGGUGGGAUCCAUGGCUUCGGUCGGGAGUGGCAUAGCUGGCCAACGACCACCAACGGAGAAGCGCACUACCGGCGCCGAGAACAAGGCUUUCUUGAUGAAUUAUCUAGGCAGAAUGGCUUCUCAAGAUGGAUGA